AUGUCAUGGCUUUGGGAUUCGUCUUCAGCGCCUACAACAGAAGCAGUUAGUGAUGCAUCUGCAUCCAUCUCCGAACCUUCAGAAAGCAACAUCUAUGAGAAUCGACCCGUUUUUGCCCUCGAUCAGAUCAAGAAUGCUGGUGUACCAAUUCAGAUGCAAAUGUCUCCAUAUUUGCAAAUGGAUCCGUCAAUUUUCCGACAAUCUGCUCCUCAGUAUAUAAUGCCGGAUGGGGGGAGUACCGGAAAGGGAAAAUUCGAAUUUGCGUUAGGACACAUCGGUUGGGCUGUUGGUGGUGGAUAUGCAGUGGGUGCAGUCCGCGGCUUCAUUCCAGAGUUCUUCAAUCCAGAUACACGACAACUUAAAGGUAAACCGUGGGUAACAAGAAUGAUGAAUGCAACUGUAAAGCAUGGUAGCGGUUACGCACAGCCUGCGGGAGCUGCUGUUUUUCUCUUCUCUGCACUUGAAAUUCUGCUGAGAAAAUUACGUCCGGAUGAUGAUUUCAACACAAUCGCGGCCGGUGGUUUAGCUGGUGCAGUUUACCGCUCUGCACAUGGUCUGAGGGCAACGGCAAUAGGAGCAGGUGUUGGGCUAGUCUUGGCUACUUGUUGGGUGUUUGGCAAUACGGAUAGUCGUCAGAGGAUGCGUGAUAUGCUGAAUUAUGGAUAA